AUGCUUCAAUAUCCUGAUAUUAUAAGUGAAACAGUUUCGACAUGUAUAACGAUUCUGGGAAAAUUGGCGAUAAUGUUCGGAAGGAAUUUCACGGAACAGUUUGCGGUACCAUUUUUAAUAACAUCAAGUGAAGAUGUAGCUUGGGGUGUUCGAAAGUCAUCAUGUGAAGUGUUUGUUGAUGUCGCAAAUUAUUGCACGAUGGAAACAAAAAAGCGCAAGCUUGCGCCACGUUUCAUUACUCUACUUCAUGAUACUUCACGUUGGGUAGCACAUGUGGCAUUCCAACAGCUUGGUCGCUUCAUUGCAACAUUUGCGGAUGAAAAUCGUAUGGGUAUGGAAAUAAGGGAUGGCCGAUUGGUCAUUGCGAAUUCUGAUAUAGCAGAAGAUGGCAAAAGUAUGCGAAAUAACAAUAUGAGUAGUGAAACAGUUGUAGAAGAUGACGAAAAUGAACUAUACUGUCAGCUGCCUCCAGGUGUUGUAUUUCCAGAAUCGGAUGUAGCCGAGGAAUCAAAAGAAUCUUCAGCCUCAUCAUCACCUCAGGACCAAAGUCAUGUUUUAAAUGAAUUAACUUGCUUAUUGGAUUCAUGGGAUUUAUGGGCCAUGUCGAAUGAUUCCGUAAUCUCAAAUAAUUCACUUGUUCACGAUUCUAUGGAUCUGGAUAUUGAUAAUAAUGUUGCGGCAUCAUGUUCAACGCAUUUUGAUUUAACAAAAUUAACACCUGAUGAUAACGAUGAUAGUAGUGGUGAAGAAGAUGGUAAUAUCGACGGCGUCGAAGAACCGUGCCCAAUGGACAUUGACGAUGAUGAUGUAGAAAUUUGUUUUGAGGAACCAUCCCAAAUGGAUAAUAACGAUGAUUUAAAUGCUUAUUGUCCUCUGAUAUAUUGGUCAGCGGAAUCUUUUGAUGUUGAUUUAAGAUCGUAUGGGAAAAGUACAACUAAGAGUGCAACUAUCAAUAAAAAUUACAAUAAUAAAAGGAAGUAUAAGAAUGAUGUAAAGAAACUUAUAGCUGAGUUUCUCCAGCGGCGUUCAGAUUUAUUUUAUGAUGCAUCAAAACACAGAGUAAAUGAUGCAGAAACUGCAGUUGAUGAACAUUCAGAAUACGAUAGUUAUAUUAUGGAAGAGGAUGAUUUAGAUGAAUUAGAUGGAAUUUCGGAUGAAAUGAAUAAAGCUGUUACGGUUUUGUCUAAGGCAUGUUCAUCAGGCGGUUCUGUUGGUGAUGAAAAUGAGCAAACAACAUCUUCAUCCAUCAUUAGAACUCAGAUGGUUAUACCACAAGCUCUGCUUGACAGUUUCGUGCAUAUGGUCUCACCGUGUGAUAAUACAGAUAGUGAAAUAAAUCGACAGUGUGCCCACAGUUUCCCAGCUGUUGCUUUUACCCUUGGUCGCAGUAACUGGCCUUGUAUUAUGAGUACCUAUAAACAGUUAGCAUCAGAUAUGCAGUGGAGUGUUCGGCAGACGUUGGCAUCGUCAAUUCACGAAAUAGCAGCAAUUAUUGGAGAGGAAAAUACAGAUGCCCAUUUGGUACCAGUAUUUGAACGAUUCAUGGAAGAUGUGGAUAAUGUGAAACUUGGGUUACUGAAUCAUUUGUACGAUUUUUUCAAAUUGGUAACAUCUGCUUCAAGGCGAAAACUGUUGUCUGUAUUGCCAAAUUUUUUGCAUUCCGAUGCUGAUAGUGGGCGUAAUUGGAGGUAUAGAUAUGAAUACGUCAGGCAAUGUAUUCUUCUGUGCGAUCUCUUUUCUAUACAUGACAUUAAUCAAUAUUUGGCUGCUAUAGCUUUAACGCUAGCUAAUGAUAGAAUAUCAGAUGUGCGAAAGGAAGCAACUGUACUAUUGGCAAAAAUAUUAGGAAAGUUUGUUAGCGAAGAGUGGACUUCAGAUUGCACUUAUUCCUGCAAAACUGAUAUGUCAUUUAUUCCAAUCACCGAUUCAUUUAUCAGUGAUAUUGUGAAAGGAUUUGCCCGAUCAAUGAACUGGCGAAGGAGGCAAACAUUUGCUUUGUUCUGUGAAAGAAGUUUGGAAGGUGAAGUGUUAAACUAUAAUCAGUUCUCACUGUUGCUAUUGGAUGAUUUGAUGAGACUAGCCGGAGAUUCGGUAGCGAAUGUACGCUUGGCAUUCGUACGAUCCCUCUCAAAAGUUCAUGAUGGAUUCGCUUUCUGUGGAUCACGUGACUCAUCAAUUAUAUAUCAGAGUCUCGAAACGCUACUUUCUGAUGAAGAUGUGGACUGUAGGCGGGCUGCUCGAAUUUCACUUGGAAUUCCGGAUACUGAAAAUGCAAUUGAUGCGAAAGAUUACGCUCAACGGCUUCAUGACACAAAUGAAAUUAUUUCAGCCAAAUACCACACUGACCAACUCAUAUCUUCAAACCAUAAAACAAUCUGA